AUGGAGUAUCAAGAUCAGCAGUUGUGUGAUCCUGGUGAAUUUCUUUGCCACGAUCAUGUGACUUGUGUCUCCCAGAGCUGGCUGUGUGAUGGGGACCCAGACUGCCCUGAUGAUUCAGACGAAUCUUUAGACACCUGUCCUGAGGAGGUAGAAAUCAAGUGCCCCUUGAAUCACAUUGCUUGCCUUGGUGCCAACAGAUGUGUCCAUUUAUCCCAGCUCUGCAACGGUGUCCUGGACUGCUCAGAUGGGUAUGAUGAAGGAGUUCAUUGCCGUGAACUGUUGCCCAGUUGCCAGCAGUUGAAUUGUCAGUAUAAAUGUGCCAUGGUCAGAAAUAGUACAAUGUGUUACUGUGAGGAUGGAUUUGAAAUAAAAGAAGAUGGAAGAAGCUGUAAAGAUCAAGAUGAAUGUGCUGUUUAUGGUACAUGCAGCCAGACCUGCAUAAAUACGUAUGGAUCCUAUGCUUGUAGUUGUGUGGAGGGCUACAUAAUGCAGCCGGACAACAGAUCCUGCAAAGCCAAAACUGAACCUACAGAUAGGCCUCCUUUGCUGUUAAUUGCAAAUUCUGAAACAAUUGAGGUUUUCUAUCUUAAUGGAAGUAAAAUGGCAACCCUGAGCUCAGUCAAUGGAAACGAAAUUCAUACUCUGGAUUUUAUUUACAAUGAAGAUAUUAUUUGUUGGAUUGAAUCGAGAGAAUCUUCAAAUCAGCUCAAAUGUAUCCAGAUAACAAAAACAGGAAGAUUAACAGAUGAAUGGACAAUCAGUAUUCUUCAAUACUUUCACAAUGUGCAACAAAUGGCGAUUGACUGGCUCACCAGAAAUCUCUAUUUUGUGGACCAUGUCAGUGACCGGAUCUUUGUGUGUGAUUACAACGGAUCUGUGUGUGUCACCCUGAUUGACCUGGAACUUCAUAAUCCUAAGGCAAUAGCAGUAGAUCCAAUAGCAGGAAAACUUUUCUUUACUGACUAUGGGAAUGUGGCCAAAGUGGAGCGAUGUGACAUGGAUGGGAUGAACAGAACAAGGAUAAUUGAUUCCAAGACAGAGCAGCCAGCUGCACUGGCACUAGACCUAGUCAACAAAUUGGUUUACUGGGUAGAUCUUUACUUGGACUAUGUGGAAGUAGUGGACUAUCAAGGAAGAAACAGACAUACUAUCAUCCAAGGCAGACAAGUCAAACAUCUUUUUGGUAUAACUGUGUUUGAAGACUAUUUGUAUGCAACCAAUUCUGAUAACUUCAAUAUCAUACGGAUAAACCGAUUUAAUGGCACUGAUAUUCAUUCAUUAAUUAAAAUGGAAAAUGCUCGAGGAAUCCGAAUCUAUCAAAAAAGAACUCAACCAAUAGUCAGAAGCCAUGCAUGUGAAGUGGAUCCAUACGGAAUGCCAGGGGGAUGUUCACACAUCUGUCUGCUCAGCAGCAGUUACAAAGCACGGACCUGUCGCUGCAGGACUGGCUUCAACUUGGGAAGUGAUGGCAGGUCAUGCAAAAGACCAAAGAAUGAGUUGUUCCUCUUUUAUGGGAAAGGACGCCCAGGAAUUGUUAGAGGAAUGGACUUGAAUACCAAGAUAGCUGAUGAAUACAUGAUCCCCAUAGAAAAUCUGGUAAACCCUCGUGCUUUAGAUUUUCAUGCAGAAACCAAUUAUAUCUACUUUGCUGACACCACCAGUUUCCUAAUUGGCCGGCAGAAGAUAGAUGGCACAGAGCGAGAAACCAUCCUGAAAGAUGAUCUGGAUAAUGUGGAGGGCAUUGCUGUGGACUGGAUUGGAAAUAACCUUUACUGGACAAAUGAUGGCCAUAGGAAGACCAUUAACGUGGCUAGGCUGGAAAAGGCUUCUCAGAGUCGGAAGACUCUCUUAGAGGGAGAAAUGUCCCAUCCCAGAGGAAUUGUGGUGGAUCCUGUUAAUGGUUGGAUGUAUUGGACAGACUGGGAGGAAGAUGAAAUAGAUGACAGCGUGGGAAGGAUUGAGAAGGCCUGGAUGGAUGGCUUCAGUCGGCAGAUUUUUGUGACUUCAAAGAUGCUGUGGCCAAACGGCUUAACUCUGGACUUUCACACCCACACAUUAUACUGGUGUGAUGCCUAUUAUGAUCAUAUUGAAAAAGUGUUUUUGAAUGGAACUCACAGGAAGAUUGUUUACAGUGGGAAAGAGUUGAACCAUCCUUUUGGACUGUCGCAUCAUGGGAAUUAUGUGUUCUGGACUGAUUAUAUGAAUGGUUCCAUUUUUCAACUAGAUUUGAUAACGAAUGAGGUGACAUUACUGAGGCGUGAAAGACCACCCCUGUUUGGACUUCAGAUUUAUGAUCCUCAAAAGCAACAAGGUGACAACAUGUGCCGAGUAAAUAAUGGAGGCUGUAGUACAUUGUGCUUGGCCAUUCCAGGAGGCCGAGUAUGUGCUUGUGCUGAUAAUCAACUUUUAGAUGAAAAUGGGACCACUUGCACAUUUAAUCCUGGAGAAGAAUUACCUCACAUUUGUAAAGCUGGAGAAUUUCGCUGCAGAAACAGACACUGUAUCCAAGCUCGGUGGAAAUGUGAUGGCGAUGAUGACUGUCUAGAUGGAAGUGAUGAAGAUUCAGUCAGUUGCUUCAAUCAUAGCUGUCCUGAUGAUCAGUUUAAAUGCAAGAAUAAUCGCUGUAUCCCCAAAAGAUGGCUUUGUGAUGGAGCUAAUGAUUGUGGAAGUAAUGAAGAUGAAUCCAAUCAAACUUGCGCAGCCAGAACAUGCCAGGUGGACCAGUUUUCUUGUGGAAACGGGCGCUGCGUUCCCAGAGCAUGGCUGUGUGACCGGGAAGAUGACUGUGGGGACCAGACCGACGAAAUAGCGUCUUGUGAAUUCCCAACUUGUGAGCCACUAACUCAGUUUGCAUGCAAGAGUGGAAGAUGCAUUAGCAGUAAAUGGCACUGCGACUCUGAUGAUGACUGUGGGGACGGGAGUGAUGAGGUUGGCUGUGUUCAGUCCUGCUUUGAUAAUCAGUUCAGAUGUUCCAGUGGCAGAUGUAUCCCAGGCCAUUGGGCCUGUGAUGGUGACAAUGACUGUGGAGACUUCAGUGAUGAAAUCAAUUGUACCAGAGAAGAGAUUCGUUCUCCUGCUGGUUGUAAUGGGAAUGAAUUUCAGUGUCACCCUGAUGGAAAUUGCAUUCCUGAUCUGUGGCGCUGUGAUGGGGAAAAAGACUGUGAAGAUGGUAGUGAUGAAAAAGGCUGCAGUGGUACCUUACGAUUGUGUGAUCACAAAACCAAGUUUUCCUGUCGGAGUACAGGGAGAUGCAUCAACAAAGACUGGGUAUGCGAUGGAGAUAUCGAUUGCGAAGAUCAAUCAGACGAAGAUGACUGUGACAGUUUCUUGUGUGGGCCACCCAAGUACCCUUGUGCUAAUGACACUUCGGUCUGCCUGCAGCCAGAGAAGCUCUGCAAUGGGAGAAGGGAUUGUCCUGAUGGGUCUGACGAAGGCGACCUCUGUGAUGAAUGUUCACUGAACAAUGGAGGCUGUAGCAACCACUGUUCUGUUGUUCCUGGAAGAGGAAUUGUCUGUUCUUGCCCUGAAGGACUUCAACUCAGCAGAGACAAUAAAACAUGUGAAAUUGUAGAUUAUUGCAGCAACCAUCUGAAGUGCAGUCAAGUGUGUGAGCAACACAAGCACACAGUCAAGUGCUCAUGUUAUGAAGGGUGGAAGCUGGAUGUGGAUGGUGAAAGUUGCACAAGUGUCAAUCCUUUUGAAGCAUUCAUCAUCUUUUCAAUUCGCCAUGAGAUCAGAAGGAUUGAUCUUCAUAAAAGAGACUAUAGUUUACUUGUUCCUGGAUUGAGAAACACAAUAGCACUUGAUUUUCACUUCAAUCAAAGUUUACUUUAUUGGACAGAUGUUGUAGAAGACAGAAUAUACCGGGGCAAGCUUUCUGAGAGUGGAGGUGUCAGUGCCAUUGAAGUGGUUGUGGAGCAUGGCCUGGCUACCCCAGAAGGACUAACAGUUGACUGGAUAGCAGGCAACAUAUACUGGAUAGACAGCAAUCUGGACCAAAUCGAAGUGGCCAAACUAGAUGGUUCCUUAAGAACUACACUCAUAGCAGGAGCUAUGGAACACCCCAGGGCCAUCGCUUUGGACCCAAGAUAUGGAAUUCUUUUCUGGACAGAUUGGGAUGCCAACUUUCCUCGCAUUGAAUCUGCCUCCAUGAGUGGUGCUGGGAGAAAAACCAUCUACAAAGACAUGAAAACAGGGGCUUGGCCUAAUGGACUCACUGUGGACCACUUUGAAAAAAGGAUAGUUUGGACAGAUGCCAGGUCAGAUGCCAUUUAUUCAGCCCUCUAUGAUGGAACAGGCAUGAUAGAAAUCAUCCGAGGUCAUGAAUACCUUUCUCAUCCCUUUGCUGUGUCUCUAUAUGGGAGUGAUGUCUAUUGGACGGACUGGAGGACCAACACAUUGUCAAAAGCCAAUAAGUGGACAGGGCAGAAUGUCAGUGUGAUUCAGAAAACUAGUGCACAGCCAUUUGACCUUCAGAUAUACCAUCCCAGUCGUCAGCCACAGGCUCCCAAUCCGUGUGCAGCUAAUGAUGGCAGAGGCCCCUGCUCUCAUAUGUGUCUGAUCAAUCAUAAUAGGAGUGCUGCUUGUGCUUGCCCACACUUGAUGAAGCUUUCCUCAAACAAGAAGACCUGCUAUGAAAUGAAAAAAUUUCUUCUUUAUGCAAGACGUUCUGAAAUCAGAGGAGUGGAUAUUGAUAAUCCAUAUUUUAACUUUAUCACGGCCUUUACAGUCCCUGAUAUUGAUGAUGUUACUGUGAUAGACUUCGAUGCAUCUGAAGAACGUUUAUACUGGACAGACAUUAAGACACAAACCAUUAAGCGGGCUUUUAUUAAUGGAACUGGAUUAGAAACUGUUAUUUCUAGAGAUAUUCAGAGUAUCAGAGGGUUAGCUGUGGACUGGGUCUCACGUAAUUUAUACUGGAUUAGCUCAGAAUUUGAUGAAACGCAAAUUAACGUGGCAAGACUAGAUGGCUCCUUGAAAACCUCAAUUAUCCACGGAAUCGAUAAGCCACAGUGUCUAGCAGCUCACCCAGUCAGGGGGAAACUCUACUGGACGGAUGGAAACACAAUUAAUAUGGCAAAUAUGGAUGGCAGUAAUAGCAAGAUUCUCUUUCAGAAUCAAAAGGAACCAGUUGGACUAUCAAUAGACUAUGUGGAAAACAAACUUUAUUGGAUCAGUUCGGGAAAUGGAACCAUAAACAGAUGCAACCUGGAUGGUGGUAAUUUAGAAGUAAUAGAGUCAAUGAAAGAAGAAUUGACAAAAGCUACAGCCCUAACCAUCAUGGAUAAGAAACUGUGGUGGGCAGACCAAAACUUAGCUCAGCUGGGAACCUGCAGCAAAAGAGAUGGAAGAAACCCCACUGUUCUAAGAAAUAAGACUUCUGGGGUCGUUCAUAUGAAAGUGUAUGAUAAAGAAGCACAGCAAGAAAAUGAUACCAUCUACUGGACAGACAUGGGCUUCAAUAAAAUUAGCCGAGCUAAAAGAGAUCAGACUUGGAAAGAAGAUAUCAUCACCAGUGGCUUGGGAAGAGUGGAAGGGAUAGCUAUUGACUGGAUUGCUGGUAACAUAUAUUGGACGGAUCAUGGUUUCAACUUAAUUGAAGUUGCGAGACUCAGUGGCUCUUUUCGUUAUGUAAUUAUUUCCCAAGGCUUGGAUCAACCAAGAUCUAUAGCUGUGCACCCAGAAAAAGGCUACUUGUUCUGGACUGAGUGGGGACAGAUGCCAUCCAUUGGAAAGGCUCGUUUAGAUGGCUCAGAGAAGGUUGUCCUCGUAAGCAUGGGAAUAGCAUGGCCAAAUGGCAUCUCCAUUGACUAUGAGGAAAAUAAAUUGUAUUGGUGUGAUGCUCGUAUAGACAAGAUAGAAAGAAUUGACCUUGAGACUGGCGGGAAUCGUGAGAUGGUGCUGUCAGGGAGCAAUGUGGAUAUGUUUUCAGUUGCAGUCUUUGGGGCGUACAUCUACUGGUCUGACAGAGCACAUGCCAACGGGUCCAUCAGAAGGGGCCACAAGAAUGAUGCCACAGAAACCGUAACCAUGAGAACGGGUCUUGGAGUCAACCUGAAGGAGGUUAAAAUCUUUAACCGAGUAAGAGAGAAAGGGACCAAUGUUUGUGCCAAGGACAAUGGGGGAUGUCAGCAACUCUGUCUUUAUCGAGGAAAUUCCCAGAGAACUUGUGCUUGUGCCCAUGGAUAUUUGGCAGAGGAUGGAGUUACUUGCUUAAGGCAUGAAGGCUAUUUGCUGUAUUCAGGGAGAACAAUAUUAAAAAGUAUACAUCUUUCUGAUGAAACCAAUUUAAAUUCACCAAUAAGGCCAUACGAAAAUCCACAUUAUUUCAAGAAUGUCAUAGCUUUGGCUUUUGACUAUAAUCAAAGAAGAAAAGGUACCAACCGAAUCUUCUACAGCGAUGCACACUUUGGAAAUAUACAGCUUAUUAAAGAUAACUGGGAAGACAGACAAGUAAUUGUUGAAAAUGUGGGUUCUGUUGAAGGACUUGCCUAUCACAGAGCCUGGGAUACACUGUACUGGACCAGCUCCACUACCUCAUCCAUCACCAGGCACACAGUGGACCAGACUCGGCCUGGAGCAUUUGAUAGGGAAGCCGUCAUUGCCAUGUCAGAGGAUGACCAUCCUCAUGUGCUAGCCCUAGAUGAAUGCCAAAAUUUAAUGUUUUGGACCAACUGGAAUGAGCAGCAUCCAAGUAUCAUGAGAUCUACUCUGAUUGGGAAAAAUGCUCAAGUGGUGGUCAGUACAGACAUACUCACUCCAAAUGGACUCACCAUUGACCACCGUGCAGAGAAGCUGUAUUUCUCAGAUGGCAGCCUAGGAAAAAUUGAAAGGUGUGAAUAUGAUGGAUCCCAGAGACAUGUGAUUGUCAAAUCUGGGCCAGGGGCUUUUCUCAGUUUGGCUGUUUAUGACAAUUAUAUCUUCUGGUCAGACUGGGGAAGAAGAGCUAUCCUGCGUUCCAACAAGUACACGGGAGGAGAUACAAAAAUUCUUCGUUCUGAUAUUCCACAUCAACCAAUGGGUAUCAUAGCUGUUGCCAAUGACACCAAUAGCUGUGAACUUUCUCCAUGUGCGUUACUGAAUGGAGGUUGCCAUGACCUGUGCCUUUUAACUCCUAAUGGAAGAGUGAACUGUUCCUGCAGGGGGGAUCGAAUAUUGCUGAAUGACAACAGAUGUGUGACUAAAAAUUCUUCCUGCAAUAUUUAUUCAGAGUUUGAGUGUGGAAAUGGAGAAUGUAUUGAUUACCAGCUCACCUGUGAUGGCAUUCCUCAUUGUAAGGAUAAAUCUGAUGAAAAACUGCUCUACUGUGAAAACAGAAGCUGUCGAAGAGGUUUCAAGCCCUGCUACAAUCGUCGUUGUGUUCCUCACAGCAAGUUAUGUGAUGGUGGAAACGACUGUGGAGACAACUCUGAUGAAUUAGACUGUAAAGUUUCAACCUGUGCCACUGUUGAGUUCCGCUGUGCAGAUGGGACGUGCAUUCCAAGAUCAGCACGAUGCAACCAGAACCUAGAUUGUGCAGAUGCUUCAGAUGAAAAGAACUGCAAUAAUACGGACUGUACAUAUUUCUAUAAACUUGGAGUGAAAACCACAGGAUUCAUAAGAUGUAAUUCUACCUCACUGUGUGUUCUGCCAACCUGGAUAUGCGAUGGGUCUAACGACUGUGGAGACUAUUCAGAUGAAUUAAAAUGCCCAGUUCAAAACAAACACAGAUGUGAAGAAAAUUAUUUUGGUUGUCCUAGUGGAAGAUGCAUUUUGAAUACCUGGGUAUGUGAUGGUCAGAAAGAUUGUGAGGAUGGACUUGAUGAAUUCCACUGUGGUUCCUCUUGUUCUUGGAACCAAUUUGCAUGUUCUGCACAAAAAUGUAUAUCUAAACACUGGAUUUGUGAUGGAGAGGCUGAUUGUGGAGAUGGAUUAGAUGAAAGUGAUAGCAUUUGUGGUGCCAUCACCUGUGCGCCUGACAUGUUCAGCUGCCAGGGCUCCCAUGCCUGUGUGCCCCGACACUGGCUGUGUGAUGGUGAAAGGGACUGUCCAAAUGGAAGCGAUGAGCUCUCCACAGCAGGCUGUGCUCCCAAUAACACAUGUGAUGAAAAUGCUUUCAUGUGUCAUAAUAAAGUAUGCAUUCCCAAGCAAUUCGUUUGUGACCAUGAUGAUGACUGUGGAGAUGGCUCUGAUGAGUCACUGCAGUGUGGAUACCGACAGUGCAAUGCCGAAGAAUUUAGUUGUGCUGAUGGACGAUGUCUUUUAAAUACUCAAUGGCAGUGUGAUGGAGACUUUGACUGCCCAGACCAUUCUGAUGAAGCACCUAUAAACCCAAAGUGUAAAAGUGCAGAACAGUCAUGCAACAGUUCAUUUUUUAUGUGCAAAAAUGGCAGGUGCAUUCCCAGUGAAGGUCUUUGUGACAAUAAGGAUGACUGUGGCGAUGGAUCAGAUGAAAGAAACUGCCAUGUAAAUGAAUGCUUGAGUAGGAAAGUCAGUGGAUGUUCUCAAGAUUGUCAGGACCUUCCAGCCAGUUAUAAGUGCAAAUGCUGGCCUGGAUUUCAACUGAAGGAUGAUGGUAAAACAUGUGUAGAUGUUGAUGAAUGCUCUUUGGGCUUUCCGUGUAGCCAGCAAUGCAUCAAUACAUAUGGGACCUACAGGUGCCUCUGUACAGAUGGAUAUGAAAUACAACCUGAUAACCCAAAUGGCUGCAAAUCACUCUCAGAUGAAGAACCUUUUCUAAUUCUUGCUGAUCAUCAUGAGAUAAGGAAAAUUAGCACUGAUGGUUCCAACUACACACUUUUAAAACAGGGAUUAAACAAUGUUAUUGGUAUAGACUUUGAUUACAGAGAAGAAUUUAUCUAUUGGAUUGAUUCUAGUCGACCCAAUGGCAGUCGCAUAAACAGAAUGUGUUUAAAUGGAAGUGAUAUUAAGGUAGUGCAUAACACAGCUGUCCCCAGUGCACUUGCUGUCGAUUGGAUUGGAAAAAACCUCUAUUGGUCUGACACAGAAAAAAGGAUCAUUGAAGUAUCCAAACUCAAUGGCUUAUACCCUACUAUACUGGUUAGCAAAAGACUGAAGUUUCCCAGGGACCUGUCUUUAGAUCCUCGUGCUGGGUAUUUAUAUUGGAUUGACUGCUGUGAGUAUCCUCACAUUGGACGUGUUGGAAUGGAUGGAACCAAUCAGAGUGUUGUCAUAGAAACCAAGAUUUCUAGACCUAUGGCACUAACAAUAGAUUAUGUCAACCAUAGACUCUACUGGGCUGAUGAAAAUCAUAUUGAAUUUAGCAACAUGGAUGGAUCUCACAGACAUAAAGUCCCUAAUCAAGAUAUUCCAGGGGUGAUUGCACUAACAUUGUUUGAAGACUACAUCUACUGGACUGAUGGGAAAACCAAGUCACUCAGCCGUGCCCAUAAAACCUCGGGAGCAGACAGACUCUCACUGAUUAACUCAUGGCAUGCCAUCACAGAUAUCCAGGUGUAUCAUUCUUAUAGACAACCUGAUGUCUCCAAACAUCUCUGUAUGACAAAUAAUGGAGGUUGUAGUCAUCUGUGCCUUUUAGCCCCUGGAAAGACUCACACCUGUGCAUGUCCCACCAACUUCUAUCUUGCAGCUGAUAACAGGACUUGCUUAUCCAACUGCACAGCCAGUCAGUUUCGUUGCAAAACUGAUAAAUGUAUUCCAUUCUGGUGGAAAUGUGACACCGUGGAUGACUGUGGUGAUGGAUCUGACGAACCAGAUGACUGUCCGGAAUUUAAAUGUCAGCCAGGCCGAUUUCAGUGUGGAACUGGGCUCUGUGCUCUGCCCGCUUUCAUCUGUGAUGGAGAGAAUGACUGUGGGGACAAUUCUGAUGAACUCAACUGUGACACACAUGUCUGCCUCUCAGGUCAGUUCAAGUGUACCAAGAACCAGAAAUGCAUCCCAGUAAACCUCAGAUGCAAUGGGCAGGAUGACUGUGGAGAUGAGGAAGAUGAAAGGGACUGUCCCGAAAACAGCUGCUCUCCAGACUAUUUCCAGUGUAAAACUACCAAACAUUGCAUUUCCAAGCUGUGGGUUUGCGACGAGGAUCCAGACUGUGCAGACGCAUCAGAUGAGGCCAACUGCGAUAAAAAGACUUGUGGUCCUCAUGAAUUCCAGUGUAAAAACAACAACUGUAUUCCAGAUCACUGGUGGUGUGAUAGCCAAAAUGACUGCAGUGAUAAUUCAGAUGAAGAAAACUGUAAGCCACAAACCUGUACAAUGAAAGAUUUUCUCUGUGCCAAUGGGGACUGUGUUUCUUCAAGGUUUUGGUGUGAUGGAGAUUUUGAUUGUGCAGAUGGCUCUGAUGAGAGAAAUUGUGAAACAAGUUGUUCCAAAGAUCAGUUCCAGUGUUCCAAUGGUCAGUGUAUAUCAGCAAAAUGGAAAUGCGAUGGCCAUGAAGACUGUAAAUAUGGAGAAGAUGAGAAAAACUGUGAGCCAGCUUCUCCUACUUGCUCAUCAAGUGAAUAUAUAUGUGCCAGUGGAGGAUGUAUUUCAGCAUCUUUGAAAUGUAACGGAGAAUAUGAUUGUGCUGAUGGUUCAGAUGAGAUGGACUGUGUGACUGAGUGUAAGGAAGAUCAGUUUCGAUGCAGAAAUAAAGCCCACUGUAUUCCAAUUAGAUGGCUUUGUGAUGGAAUUCAUGACUGUGUGGAUGGCAGUGAUGAAGACAACUGUGACAGAGGAGGAAAUAUAUGUAGAGCGGAUGAGUUCCUUUGCAAUAAUUCCCUCUGCAAACUACAUUUCUGGGUGUGUGAUGGAGAAGAUGACUGUGGAGACAACUCUGACGAAGCCCCUGACAUGUGUGAAAAAUUUCUUUGCCCACCCACAAGACCGCACAGAUGCAGAAAUAACAGAAUAUGCCUGCAGCCUGAGCAAAUGUGCAAUGGGGUUGAUGACUGUGGGGACAACUCAGAUGAAGAUCCCUGUGGUGGUAAGCUUACAUAUAAAGCAAGACCUUGUAAAAAAGAUGAGUUUGCUUGCAGUAAUAAAAAAUGUAUCCCUAUGGACCUCCAGUGCGAUCAGCUUGAUGACUGUGGAGAUGGUUCAGACGAACAAGCCUGCAGAAUAACUCCCGCUGAAUAUACCUGUGAAGAUAAUGUGAAUCCAUGUGGAGAUGAUGCAUAUUGUAAUCAAAUAAAAACAUCUGUUUUCUGUCGCUGUAAGCCUGGAUUUCAGAGAAACAUGAAAAACAGACAGUGUGAAGACCUUAAUGAAUGUUUGGUGUUUGGCACGUGUUCCCACCAAUGUGUAAACAUGGAAGGAUCCUAUAAAUGUGUGUGUGACCAGAAUUUUCAAGAAAGAAAUAACACCUGCAUAGCAAAAGGCUCUGAAGAUCAAGUUCUCUACAUUGCUAAUGACACUGAUAUCCUGGGUUUUAUAUAUCCAUUCAACUACAGUGGCGAUCAUCAACAAAUUUCUCAUUUUGAACAUAAUUCAAGGAUAACAGGGAUGGAUGUAUAUUAUCAGAGAGAUAUGAUUAUUUGGAGUACUCAGUUUAAUCCAGGCGGAAUUUUCUACAAAAGGAUACAUGGCAGAGAAAAAAGGCAAGCAAACAGUGGCUUGAUUUGUCCUGAAUUUAAAAGGCCCAGGGAUGUUGCAGUUGACUGGGUUGCUGGAAAUAUUUAUUGGACUGACCAUUCUAGAAUGCACUGGUUCAGUUACUACACUACUCACUGGACCAGUCUGAGAUACUCUAUCAACGUAGGACAGCUGAAUGGCCCCAACUGCACCAGACUCUUAACAAAUAUGGCUGGAGAACCCUAUGCUAUUGCUGUAAAUCCUAAAAGAGGGAUGAUGUACUGGACGAUUGUUGGGGACCACUCCCACAUAGAAGAAGCGGCCAUGGACGGUACUCUGAGAAGAAUUUUAGUACAAAAGAAUUUACAGAGACCCACAGGUCUGGCCGUGGAUCAUUUCAGUGAACGGAUAUACUGGGCCGACCUUGAGCUCUCUGUUAUUGGCAGCGUUCUAUAUGACGGCUCUGAUUCAGUAAUCUCUGUCAGCAGCAAACAAGGCUUGUUACAUCCACACAGGAUUGAUGUCUUCGAAGAUUAUAUAUAUGGAGCAGGACCUAAAAAUGGUGUAUUUCGAGUACAAAAAUUUGGCCAUGGUUCAGUAGAGUACCUAGCUUUAGAUGUCGAUAAAACAAAAGGUGUUUUGAUUUCUCAUCGCUAUAAACAACUAGACUUACCCAAUCCAUGCUCGGAUCUAGCAUGUGAAUUCCUCUGUUUGCUGAAUCCUUCUGGGGCCACCUGUGUGUGCCCAGAAGGAAAAUAUUUGAUUAAUGGCACCUGCAAUGAUGACAGCCUGUUAGAUGAUUCAUGCAAACUGACUUGUGAAAAUGGAGGAAGAUGCAUUUUAAAUGAGAAAGGUGAUUUGAGGUGUCACUGUUGGCCUAGUUAUUCAGGAGAGAGAUGUGAAAUCAACCACUGUAGCAACUACUGUCAAAAUGGAGGAACUUGCAUGCCAUCAGCUCUAGGGAGACCCACCUGCAGCUGUGCACUAGGGUUCACUGGACCAAACUGUGGUAAGACAGUCUGUGAGGAUUUUUGUCAGAAUGGAGGGACCUGCAGUGUUACUGCUGGGAACCAGCCUUACUGCGACUGCCAGCCUGAACACACUGGAGACAGAUGUCAGUACUAUGUAUGUCAUCACUACUGUGUGAAUUCUGAAUCCUGUACCAUUGGGGAUGACGGAAGUGUGGAAUGUGUCUGUCCAACACGCUACGAAGGACCAAAAUGCGAGGUUGACAAAUGUAUAAGGUGCCAUGGGGGACAUUGCAUUAUAAAUAAAGACAGUGAAGAUAUAUCUUGCAACUGCACUAAUGGAAAGAUUGCCUCUAGCUGCCAGCUAUGUGACGGCUACUGUUACAAUGGUGGCACGUGCCAGCUGGACCCAGAGACAAAUGUACCUGUGUGUCUAUGUUCCACCAACUGGUCAGGCACACAGUGUGAGAGGCCGGCCCCAAAGAGCAGCAAAUCUGAUCAUAUCAGCACAAGAAGCAUAGCCAUCAUUGUGCCUCUCGUCCUCUUGGUGACUUUGAUAACCACCUUGGUAAUUGGUUUAGUGCUUUGUAAAAGAAAACGAAGGACGAAAACUAUAAGAAGACAACCUAUUAUCAAUGGAGGAAUAAAUGUAGAAAUCGGCAAUCCAUCUUACAACAUGUAUGAGGUGGAUCAUGAUCACAGCGAUGGAGGUCUUUUAGAUCCUGGCUUUAUGGUGGAUCCAGCAAAGCCCAGGUAUAUAGGGGGAGGGACCAGUGCUUUCAAGCUUCCACACACAGCGCUGCCCAGCUACCUAAACUCUGAUUUGAAAGGACCACUAACCGCUGGGCCAACAAAUUACUCCAAUCCGAUAUAUGCGAAAUUGUAUAUGGAUGGGCAAAACUGUCGAAACUCCUUAGGAAGUGUUGAUGAAAGGAAAGAACUGCUUCCAAAGAAAAUAGAAAUUGGGAUAAGAGAGACAGUGGCAUAA